AUUGUGCGUGUGAUCAGUUUAGUUUGGAUACAAUGAUUUGGUUCUGGCUGGUUAUGAUCCUGGCCAAUUUAUUUGAAGUCACAAGUGUGCCAUUUGGCAAGUUUUUGCUCAUGAAUGGUAAAAAGUAUGUAUGCGUCCAUUCAUUGGGCUUACAAUCAGUUAUCGUCCAAAAAGUGGUUCAAGAUUUAUUCUCCACACGAGGAAUCUAUGUCAGUUGGACCAAUGGGUUUCAAGCCUGUUCCAGGCCCAGUUUUGACGUUUUCAUAACGUACAACAGCUUAAGCAAUAUCACCGAUAUCAAAUUCCACUUGAAGGGUUUAGAUAUUCAAUCUUCGAUGAUGGUUGUGGUUGGAUCGUCAAACGAUUCUUUGGAAACGAUUCACGAUUCGUUGUUUUAUUAUUAUGCCUCCAUUUUUUUCUAUCUCGGCCUAUUGGAUCCUUCAACGGGAAUGGAAUAUUAUCAAGUGAUCACGUUUCCCUUGAUCAAUAGACAUGUCAUUCAAAAACUAAAAUUGGCUCCAAAUGCUAGAAUCAUCGAGCAUUAUGAUCUUGAAGGUGUGGAGAUCACUUCUCAAUCUGUUGAUUGGUAUCCCUACACAACGUUUGAUUCCGAUGGAACCACUUAUGGGUAUCUCAUCGAUAUGACCCAUCAUCUAUCUGGUAUGUUCAACUUCACCCUGAAUUCCAUAAAAGAGCCUAAUUAUGAUUGGGGACUCCAAUCUGAGUUCCACAAAAACUUUAGUGGAGUUCUCGGCAAUGUAAUCCAAGGCCAUAUGGAUGUGAGUCUGAGCAUUUGGUUUUUGAACUAUCAACGGAGUCUAUUAGUGGAUUAUUGUAUCAUUGUGAGCGAUUGGCAACAAUUUCUCCUGGUACCUCAAAUGCCAACGGUGGACACUACUUUGUUUAUGAGACCUUUCACCAAUGAUUCAUGGAUUGCAAUUGGACUGAUUUCAUUGAUCAUUGGAAUUUGUGCAGUGGUUUCAAACUUUAUUUAUCACCUUAAUGAAUCCUCGGGAUGUAAGGUUAUUUACACCUCGGGAUGGUAUUUCUUUUUAUUGUUGAACGCCUUUUAUGGUGGUGCACUGACUAUGUUCUUUGCCAAUGAGCCGAGUGUUCCGUUUUCCUCUGUCCAGGAAGCGGUAGAUGAGUACCCAUCAUGGACCAUCAAAGUUCGUCAAGGCUACGAGGAAUCCAUUCUGGCCAAUGCGUUCCCUCAAAAACCGGAGUUCCAAGUCUUGUACGAUCGCUUAAAGAGUAACCCUGGCAAGUAUCUUUACACUAGAUACGAGGAUGUUCUUGAAGAGGCCAAGACAAGCCAAGUGGUGUUCCACACCUUCGCUCGACCCUUUACAGCUCUUUUAAAACAACAGCCUCAGUUGAGGACCAAUCUGAAAGUUUUUGCCAAGCAAAAGCCUCAACCUUUGGGUGUCAUCUUUCCGAAGAAUUCGCCUUUAGUUCCAAUGUUCAAAUUGGGGAUUCGAAAAAUGAAAGAGCGUGGCUUAAUAGACUUCUUGGCCAAAAAGUGGGAAGGAACUUUUCGUCAAGAACGAUAUCAAGUGAGUGUCAUGGUCUUAGAUGGUGGUCAAGUCAUCAUGGUUUAUGUUCUGAUGGGAUUGGGCUACAUCCUUUGCCUCGUCUGUCUCCUUAUGGAA